AUGGUAGGCACACGAAAACGAAAACUUCCGUCUAAGGAACCUGAUGUCCAACAAAGUCCAAAGAAAACACGAACGACAAAAAAAACAGAAACAAAUAUUCAACAAUCAAAUCAACUUUCGACUGAAAUUGCACCAACAACGAGUAAUACUGACACACAACAAUCAUUGAGUACUUUAAUUCACGAACCAUCAUGGUCUGAACAUCUUCAAGACCUGUUUAACGACGACAAUUUCAAGAAUAUUGAAAAAUUUCUAAACGGUCAAUGGUCAGCUGGUAAAGUCACAUACCCACCAAAGCAUUUGAUUUUUGAAGCGUUCAAUAAAACACCAUUUGAUCAAGUUAAAGUAGUUCUUCUCGGUCAAGAUCCAUAUCAUGACGAUGGACAAGCGCACGGUUUAGCCUUUUCUGUACCUAAAACAAUUACAAUAUUACCACCGUCCUUGAAAAACAUUUAUAAAGAAUUAGCAAGUGACAUUUCAUCGUUCAAAACUCCCAACCAUGGUUGUCUAGAAAAGUGGGCAAAUUCGGGUGUUCUUCUGCUCAAUGCUUCGUUAACUGUAGAACCGCAUCUGCCCAAUUCUCAUUCUCGAAUCGGCUGGAUUAAGUUUACUGACAGUGUUAUCAAGCUUCUAUCCGAUCAGCGUCAAGGGCUUGUUUUUCUUCUUUGGGGCGGUUUUGCUCAUGCAAAAGAAAAACUCAUUGAUUCAAAGAAACACACAGUUAUCAAAACUGCCCAUCCAUCUCCUCUAUCGUUCAAUAAAUUUUCCAAUUGUAAAUGUUUUUCUCUCGUAAAUUCAGCACUGCAAAAACACGGUCAGCAACCAAUCGACUGGUCACUUUGA